CAGAGCAGAACCCGGACCGCCGAGGAGCGGGCGGCGGCGGAGCGGGACCAGCGGCCCGAGGCGAGGGCGCGGACGGGACCGGCGAUGGCGCUGCGCGCGGAGGGCGCCCUGCUGCUCCUGAUCUGCUUUACCUUUGGAAAUGCACUCCAUUUAGAGACCUUACACACCAGAAGCGAACAUGAGCCGCCUCCUAAACACACUCACUUGGUGCGGCAGAAGCGAGCCUGGAUCACCGCCCCCGUGAGCCUGCGGGAAGGAGAGGAUCUGUCCAAAAAGAAUCCCAUCGCCAAGAUACAUUCUGAUAUUGCAGAAGAAAAAAGAAUAAAAAUUACAUACAAAUACACUGGAAAAGGCAUCACAGAGCCCCCUUAUGGUGUGUUUGCCUUUGAUAAAAAUACGGGAGAACUGAACGUCACCAGCAUUCUUGAUCGAGAAGAAACGCCCUAUUUCCUGCUAAUUGGUUACGCUUUGGAUGAAAGAGGCAACAAUCUAGAGAAGCCAUUAGAACUGCGCAUUAAAGUUCUGGAUAUCAACGACAACGAGCCCGUGUUCACCCAGGACGUCUUUGUCGGGUCCGUGGAAGAACUGAGCGCAGCACAUACCCUUGUGAUGAAAAUCAACGCGACAGAUGCAGAUGAGCCCAAUUCCAUGAAUUCUAAAAUUUCCUACAAAAUUGUAUCUCAGGAGCCUGCUUACCCCGCAAUGUUCUACCUGAAUAAAGACACGGGAGAGAUUUAUACAGUCAGUAGUACCUUGGACAGAGAGGAACACAGCAGCUACUCUCUGACGGUGGAAGCCAGAGACGGCAACGAAGGAGAAAUAACAGAUAAGCCCGUCAAGCAAGCUCAAGUUCAGAUCCGUAUUUUGGAUGUCAAUGACAAUAUACCCGUGGUGGAGAGUCAAAGGUAUGAAGGGAUGGUUGAAGAAAACCGCGUCAAUGUAGAAGUGAUGCGCAUAAAAGUGCUCGACGCAGAUGAGAGGGGCUCGGAUAACUGGUUGGCCAAUUUUACAUUUGUGUCAGGAAAUGAAAGGGGUUAUUUCCGCAUAGAAACUGACAAUCAAACUAAUGAAGGAAUCGUGAUCCUUAUUAAGGCAUUAGAUUAUGAAGAAAUGAAGCAUCUUGACUUCAGCGUCGUUGUCACUAAUAAAGCCCCUUUCCACAAGUCAAUUAAGAGUAAAUAUAAGCCGACAUCCAUCCCCAUCAAAGUGAAGGUGAAGAACGUGAAAGAAGGCAUUCAUUUCAGAAGCAGCACCAUCUCCAUUCGCACCAGCGAGAGCAUGGAAAAAACAAGCCUGAGCCGAGUAAUUGGGAAGUUUCAAGCUUUUGACGAAGACACCGGACAAGUGGCCCGUGCAAAAUAUACCAAAUUGGAAGAUAUAGACAACUGGGUCUCUGUGGAUUCUGUCACCUCGGAGAUUAAACUUGUAAAAUUUCCCGAUUUUGAAUCCAGAUAUGUCCAAAAUGGUACAUACACUGUAAAGAUUUUAGCUAUCUCAGAAGAUUCUCCUAGAAAAACCAUCACUGGCACUGUUGUGAUCACGGUGGAAGACAUCAACGACAACUGCCCCACCCUGGUGGACCCGGUGAUGAAUGUCUGUGAUGACGUGCAGUACGUGAACGUGACCGCGAGGGACCUGGACGGGUACCCAAACAGUGACCCUUUCACUUUCGUCAUCGUUGACAAACCAGCUGGCACGGCAGAGGAGUGGAAAAUCAUACACAAAGAAAGUACCAGCGUGCUGCUGCAGCAACGCGAGCGGAGGCCGGGGAGCAGUGACAUCCAGCUCCUGAUCUCAGACAGCCAGGGCCUCAGCUGCUCCGAGAAGCAGGUCCUGAAGCUCACGGUGUGCAAGUGCCUGGACGGCAGCGGCUGCGUGGAGGCGCUGCGCGGCGCCUACGUGGGGCUGGGGCCCGCGGCCAUCGCGCUCAUCAUCUUGGCUUUGCUGCUCCUGCUGCUUGUGCCGCUUCUCCUGCUGAUGUGGCAGUGCGGGGAAGGCGCCAAAGGCUUUGCGCCCAUCCCUGGCACCAUAGAGAUGCUGCACCCUUGGAACAACGAAGGGGCACCACCUGAAGACAAGGUGGUGCCAUCGCUGCUGACAGCGGAUCACAGAGAGAGUGUGGCCGUGGGCAGCGGCGCGGGAGGCCUGGCGGCCAAGGAGACGGCCGUGAAGGCAGGCAGCUCGGCGUCCUUCACCAGAGUGCAGCAUGACAUGUCCGAGGUGGACGGGCGGUGGGAGGAACACAGGAGCCAUCUCUCCGGGGGCACCACCCAGGUCACAGGGACGGCAGGAGCCCUCCGAGGCGGCGAAACCAUCAGGACCACCAGGGCCACGGGGAUCUUCAGAGACAUGGCCGCAGCUCGCGCGGCUGCUGGUGCCAUGAGUGAGGAAUUCUUAGGGAGCUAUUUCACUGAGAAAGCCGCCUGUUACACUGAGGAAGAUGACAGUCACACGGGCAAAGACUGCCUCCUGAUGUACUCGCAGGAAGAUGCUGAGUCGCUCCAUGGUUCCAUAGGCUGCUGCAGUUUCAUUGAAGGAGAGCUGGAUGACCACUUCUUGGAUGACUUGGGAUUAAAAUUCAAGACCCUGGCUGAAGUCUGCUUGGGCCGAAAAAUAGAUAUGGAUCUGGAAGUUGAGCAGAGGCCAACGCCCGUGAGCGAAACCGCUUCCCACUCACUCUCCGAGCAAACGAGGGUUCAUUCCGAGAGUUCCUUCUCCUCGGGAGGGAGCUUUCCGGUUCCCAAACCUUUGCACGGAGCAAAUGCAGAGGAAAUCACUCAGGAAAUAGUCACCGAGCGGUCUGUGUCCGCUAAGCAGGGCCAGAAGGGAGCCGCCCAGCUCCCUGACGCCCUGGCUGCCGGAAAUGUCAUCGUGACAGAAACGUCCUUUGCCACGGGCCCCACUGGGCCGCCCCCGGCGGUGGUCCUGGGUCCCCGACAGCCUCAGGGCCUCAUUGUGACGGAGCGGGUGUACGCGCCAGCCUCUGCCGUGGUGGAUCAGCACUAUGCUAAUCAGCACUAUGCUAAUCAGCACUAUGCUAAUCAGCACUAUGCUAAUGAAGGAAACAUCACGGUCACCGAGAGGGUCAUACAGCCUAGCAGGGGCCUGUCCGGUGCCCUAGAAGGCACCCCGCACCUGCCAGACGGACACUACGUGAUGGUGAGGGAGCGAGAGAGCUUCCUGGCCCCCAGCUCGGGCGUGCAGCCUGCUCGGGCCCAGGCCAGCGCAGCAGGCGGGCGGAGUGUGACCGUGACCGAGAGGGUGCUGACACCCGCUUCCACCCUGCAGUCCAGCACCCCAGUGGCCGCUGAAACGGCCGUGACGGCCAGAAGGACUGUGGUUUCCGGAGCUGGAAUCCCUGGCCCUCCGCCCAGUUUCAGCUCCGAGGAGUCUGGUUGCACUGUAACCACCGCGUCCACCAGGAUCUCUCAGCGCAGCACCGUGCAGCACCCCUACGCCUGA